AUGACACUGGAUAAAGAAUGGAUGAAACUAACUGACCGUGGUUCAACAGGAUAUCUGAAAGGAAUAGAUGGCUUUCUAGACUUUGCAUUUACUAAUACUAAUGCUAAUGAGCGUUGCAGAAAUGGAACUGCAAUUAAAUUUCGAGUUGAUUUGCUAAAAAAUGGCUUUUUGCCAUGCUACACUGUAUGGGAUAAACAUGGUGAAAGACAUGGUGACAUGAUCCUUGAAAGUGAGAAUACUUUUAAUGAUGAUGAUGAUAUGCUCGACAUGUUACAAGUAGGAUGUGGGGUGGCUGUAAUGGGAUUGCUUGAGGAUAGUAAUAUUGACGAAGCUCAAGAACCCUCUAAAGAAGCAGCUAAAUUCUACCGCUUAUUAGAGUACUAUAAAGAGCCUUUGGUUGUAGAUGGGAAAAAAGUGUCAAAGUUAGUUUACAUAAUGAAAUUGUUACAUCUUAAGUGCUUGAACCAUUGGACAGAUACCUCUUUUACUCAAUUAUUGAAAUUUCAAAAUGAAACAUUAGGUUUUUACCUGCCUAAUUCAUAUGAUGCAUGUCGCAAAAUUAUUAGUGAACUAGGCCUAGAUUAUGUCAAAAUUGAUGCAUGUCCAAAUGAUUGCAUAAUCUAUUGGCGUGAAAAUAGUGAGGCUCAAGAGUGUCCAAAAUGUAAAACUUCUAGGUGGAAGGCGAAGGGUAAAAAUGUACCAAAUAAGGUGUUACGUUAUUUCCCAGUUAAACCUAGACUGCAAAGGUUAUUUAUGUCAUCAAAGACUGCAAAAGAAAUACGUUGGCACAAAGAGGAAAGAACUAAUGAUGAUACUAUGAGACAUCCAGCAGAUUCUCCAGGAUGGAAGUCAUUUGAUGAGGAAUACAAGUCAUUUGCAGCUGACCCUAGAAGUGUUAGGCUUGGUUUAGCUGCUGAUUGUUGGGGUUUGGAGAAAACUAAAGACAAUAUAAAGUCUAGAUUGGAUUUGGUUAAAAUUGGUAUAAGGCAAGAACUUCAUCCCAUUGUUGAUGAAGAUAAGGUGCGCAUACCUGUAGCAUGUUAUACACAGAGAGGUCAUGAAAAAUCUGCAUUUUGUGAGAUGUUUCAAAACUUGAGGACUCCUGAUGGAUAUUGUUCAAACAUCUCUCGGUGUGUGAAAGACAAUGGAAACUGUUUCGGGGUUUUCUGA